CUUCCCCUGCUACUCGCUGGGAGAGAACAUUAGGAAUGACUUUCAGCACCGUACUUCCUACACUGUCUCAAAGUAGCCACACAGCUUGGGGGCCGUCGAACUGCAGCUCAACCUCACCCCUGCAGGAGUCCAGAUGCAGGCCAAGUACAGCAGCACAAGGGACAUGCUGGACUUUGAUGGGGAUACCAUCAGGAGUGUGCAAUCUCGAACCUCUUCUACAACCCAGCGGCCAGAGGCUGGGCACACAGAGCGCCGGCCUCCCUCUUCAGUUUGGCGUCCAGUGGCCCUGACCCUGCUGACUUUGUGUUUGGUGCUGCUGAUUGGCCUGUUAGCCCUGGGGCUUGUGUUUUUUCAGUUCUAUCACCUUUCCAAUACUCAGCAAGACAGCCUUUCUCACAAGGAAGAAAGAUUGGGGAAUCUCUCCCGACAGCUGCAGUCUCUCCAAACCAAGAACAGGAAGCUUGCAGAAAUCCUACAGCGCGUGGCCGAAAAACUGUGUCGAGAGCUCUAUAACAAAAGUGGAGAACACAGAUGCAGCCCUUGUCCAGAAGAAUGGAAGUGGCAUGGGGACAAAUGCUACCGAUUCUGUAGAGAGAGCAAGAAUUGGCAGGGCUGUGACUAUUUCUGCAUCGCUGAGAACGCGACCAUGCUGAAGAUAAACACACCAGAAGUGCUGGAGUUUGCCAUGCCUCAGAGCUACUCUGAGUUUUUCUACUCUUAUUGGACAGGGCUCUCUCGCAACGGCAGUGGCAAAGCCUGGCUGUGGACUGAUGGAGCCCCGUACUCUCCUGAACUGUUUGAGAUUAUAAUAGAUUUUACAAGCCUAAGAAGCAGGGACUGUGUGACCAUCCUCAAUGGAAAGGCUUUUUCGAAGGACUGCAAAGAGUUGAGGCGGUGUGCAUGUGAAAGAAAGGCGGCCACGGUGAAGCCCGAGAGCCUCCAUUAGCUUCCCUGAGCUAUUAUAUGGAGGUGAUGGACUCUCCCACCAUAACUGCAAUGUCAAGCUCCCUUCAGGGAAACUGAAGAUCAGAACAGAAAUCAAUCUCUUUAUGUGCAGCUGUAAGAGUUUGGUUUUAGUUCCUAUUUUUCCCCAUGUGAUCCAUAUUUAUACAACAAUUCAGCAUAAAGUUUGAGCCAAGCAAAGUCAAUGCAAAGGAUAUUUGAGACAUUAGAACAUGGAAAAAAAAGUUAGGAAAAGCAAUUUUUCUGACUGGUGCAAGGAUUUUCAUGCUUCCUGUUCAGGAUCCCCAGCACUCCUGAGCUUGGGUUCAUGCAUAUAUUUACCAGUCACAGAGAAAUCCCAUGUGCCAACAACCAGUCCCAGAAUCUCAUAAAGUUGUAAUCCACCUUCUUGUCUUAGAGAUCACUUCUAGUGUUCUUCCUUCUCAGCAUCUAGUGUCAUCUCCCUGUUUCCAAUACGUUUUCCUUCAUAUCUGGAGAAGUGAGAAACUUACCGAAGUAGAGGAAAUAAAUGUGUGUAACAUUCUUUGCCCCAAAGGUCAAGUAGUCUGUGAGAAAUUAGCAAUCAUUUCCUAUACUGUGCUCCUAAAUACAUAAUUAAUUCUUUCUGUUUGCUUCACUCCAUAUUUUUCCCUUCCUAGUCUUUCAAUAAAGCCCCUACCUGCCAUGUCAAUGGCCUGCUUCCCACUGGGAUAAUUCUUUUAGUUAGAAUCUUAACUUCUUAUGAACCUACCUCCCCAUAUCCAUUGAAAACUCCAACAAUUGGGGCACCUGGGUGGCUCAGUCAGUUAGGCAUCCGAUUCUUGAUUUCAGCUCAGGUCAUGAUCUGAGGGUCCUGGAAUCGAGCCCUGCUUCGUGUUCUGUGCUGAGUGGAAGCUGCUUAAGAUUUUUUGUCUCCCUCUCCCUCUGCCCCUCCCCACUCAUGAUCCCUCUCUCUAAAAAACAAACAAACAAACAAACAACAAAAAAAACCCCUCCAAUAAUUGUGUCCUUUCCCUAGGAAUUUCUUCCAGGAAAGAAAUAUUCUCAGCUUAGUUCCAUAUCCAAAUUACUGUCCCUGAGGCUCCCUUCAGCAAUAUUGAAGACCAGAGCAAAAGUCAGUCUCUUUAUGUGGGUCUAUAAUAGUUUGGUUUCAGCUCCUAUUUUCUUCCAUUUGAUCCAUGUUUAUGCCUUUCAGGUACUGAAGAUUUAAUAAUAAUAAAUGUAAAUAAUGUGAAAUGUGUGUGAUGGAGAAUAGAUUUGUGAUUUGGGGACAAUUUCAGUGUGGAGAUGCUCUUCAAAAAUGGUAGCAAUCUGUGUUCUGGUUGUUUGUGCCUUACAGAGAGUUUGUAGGGACUCUACAAGAGUACUGAUUAUUUGAUUAUUUGGGGGUUAAGUCUUUGAGAAACAUGCUGUCUUUAAGAAGAUGAUUUUAAUACGCUCCUGAGAUGAAAUCCUUUGAGGCAAGUUUGUCUUUAACACAUAGCUGAAGAUGAGUAAAUACAAUCUUAAUAGGGUGAGUUACCCAAUAAGGUCAUGGAAAGUGGAAAAGAAACUGUGAACAUCUGCACACAUCACCGGCUUCCUGUGUAGGCGCCCCCUUUCUCAGGAUGCCAAGAUGCACAAUAGUAACAGGGGUCACCGCAAAUAACACCAUCACAACCAGUGACUUUGUUGAUUUGUAGAGAAAUCAGUUUUAGGGGUUUAAUGCUCAUGAGGAUAAUCUAUUAUCUUUACUUUUCAGCAGUGAAAACUAGGCUGCUUCAGUUUCAUUUUCAGUAAACAUCUAUUGCAUGGUGAAAUGACAUUAAAUUAGCAAACAUGAUAAAGAGAACAUUUCUGUAUUCAUUUUCAUAAGACUGUGUUACUUAGCAAUCACUGCUUGUGGAUUUCUUCCUUACGAAUUUUCCUUUCAAUUUUUUCUUGAUUACGAAAUUUCUUCAGUGUUGAACAAAUUUUGUGUUCCAUUUAGUGUGUCAUGCAAAAACACUGUAUUUGUGGUCAUAAAAUGAGAGUUUUAGACCUUGUAUUCUGAUCUGUUAUUGGGUGAAUCACUUCACUUCACUAAGCUUAUUUCAUUAAGUAUAAAGUGCAAAUGUUUAUAAUUUUCUCAUGGUGCUGUUAGCUGAAAUGAAGUAAAUGUGAAAUUAGUUUUAUGAUCCAAAUUGUAAUAUAAAAUGUAAAAGAUAUUAAAAUAUGUAAAAAAAAGGAAUUAGUAAUUUUUUUUUUUUUUAAAUAAGGGAGCACACACAAGCAUAAACAACCCUUUUUGGAGACCUGUAUUCUUUCGUAAAUUGUAGAGAAGCACUUUGGAAAGCUGUGGAUAUUACCAAAUAUUUUCUAUGAUCGGUGCAGAUAUUUAAUGGAUGCAAAUUAAUAUAAUAAACAUGUAACAAGAAAUGUGGAUGAGGACUUCAGCCAAGCAAUUAAGUGUAAUUUAAGUCUUGUUACUACAGGAAGAAAAUGUGGUUAACCUAAGGAAAAUCGAAUGACUUUGUGGACUAAGUUGUAAAUAGUGACAUGACACACGUGUUGACCCCUGGCAUCCUACAUAACUGCAGUCUAGUGCAGGGUUGGAUGACAAGUGUCUCUUUAAAUGCCAUUGCUUUAAAGAGUCUAGCUGCCUGGGCGUGGGUGGUGAAUAGUAUUUGAAGUAUUCCCUUCAAAUCUGCAACCUGAGGAAAGUGUCACUUUAGAUAGUGAGGAGGGAAAAAAAUAACAUUUCUUUGACGUUUUUGCUAUUCUUGACCUUAUUUCUCUCCAUCUCUGCCCUCAAUCCCAUCAUCUGUAUAACAAAACUCAAAACACUAAUCCCAAUAUGAGCAAAUAUUUCAAAAGAAGAGUAGUAUGGUAUAACAUUUUCUCCACAAACUUUUUUAAAAUUUAAGAAUAGGAAAUAAUCAUGACAUAAUUUGCUGAGAACAUUUUUCCGUGGAGAAUCAGAGAGAGUAUUGCCCCGUGAACUUUUUUGGCUUGAGAACUUUUCUCUUCCAGGCUCUUGUGUGUUUAGGUCAUUCCGAAGAAAUUUCAGGAAAAGUCAAAUGAGGAACAUAGUCUUUCCUGGUAGAUCUGAGUGCCCUAGGGUACACAAUGAGCUAUUUCUUUUCCUGAGGAUAUUGAACCAGCUCUUAAAACUUAUCAACAGGAAACAGUCAUGAGUCCUGCAAUAGCAGGAAGAGUGAGAAGUAUAAGGGGAGCUUUUACUUUGGGGACAGAAGCAAUUAUGAAAUAAGUAGAAGAGUCUAGUAGAUUGCCUCAGUUUCAGCGUUAAUAUUUGGGAGGUCAAAUACUUUGUGAAGGGAUUCUUGUCAUUUAUGAAGAGUACAAAAAAAAAAUCACAAUCUGAUUUAAAAUGUAUAUAACUUUUUUUACAAGGUUCAUUGUAUGAACAGAUAUUUAUGAUCUAAUAUUAUUAUUCUAUCAAUAUUACUAUUCUAAUGUUUUUCUUUUUUACACACUUAAUAAACU